AUGACCACUGAAGCUAACAAGAAACAAAAAUUAGUAGCCACUGAUAACUUGAAAGUUCAUUUAAGAUCUGAAAAUGGUAAAUUACCAACAAAAGGUUCAGCAUUAGCAGCAGGAUAUGAUUUAUAUUCAUCAGAAGAUGGUAUAAUUCCAGCUCAAGGUCAAGGAUUAAUAAGUACAGAUAUUUCAAUAAUUGUUCCUAUUGGAACUUAUGGUAGAGUUGCUCCAAGAUCAGGAUUAGCUGUAAAACAUGGUAUUUCAACUGGUGCAGGAGUUAUAGAUGCUGAUUAUAGAGGUGAAGUUAAAAUUAUAUUAUUUAAUCAUUCUAAAAAGGACUUUGAAAUUAAAAAAGGUGAUAGAAUUGCUCAAUUGAUAUUGGAAAGAAUAGUUAAUGCUGAAGUUGAAGAAAUUAGUUUGGCUGCUUUAACAAGUACUGAACGUGGUGAAGGAGGGUUUGGAUCAACUGGUAAAAAUUGA